ACAGACAAACCUGCCAAGCAUCAGAAUAUGCCACUAUUUCUUGGAGUUUGCAUGCAGGACAGACACAGCAGCUAAAAAUCAAGGGGAUUCAAGGCAUGGCCCCCAGGAAAACCCACUAAACGAGCCUAUCCACCUUCCCUUCUUCUUCUGCAGCUACCAGGAUGGAAAAACAGAUGUGAAGUCCCUCAUGGCGAAGUUCAACACAGGGACUAACCCGACAGAGGAGGUCUCCAUCAACAGCAGGCCCUUCAAAGUUGCAGGACAAAAUGCGCCUUCGGGAAUACAGGCAAGAAAGAAUUUAUUUGACAACCAAGGAAAUGCCAGUCCUCCCGCAGGACCCAGCAACACGCCUAAAUUUGGGACCACAAAACCACCCUUGGCAGCGAAGCCUACCUAUGAGGAUAAAUCUGACAAGGAUCCCAAACCUCCAUUUUUAAAACCUAGUGGAGUAAACCAAAGAUUUGGAACACAGCCAACUUCGGCUUCUAGAGACCCUGAGGUCAAAGCGGGGUUUCUGAAACCUGUAAGCCCCAAACCCACCAGCUUGACUAAAGAAGAUCCCAAACCGGCGUUUUUACGGCCUUCUGGGAACAAGCAGCACAAUUUGAACCAAGAGUCUGACUUGAAGACGCCAGGACCAAAGCCAGGGGCUACUCCCCCAGUCCCAGAAAACGAUCUAAAGCCAGGGUUCUCAAAGGUGGCUGGAGCUAAGAGCAAAUUUAUGCCAGCCACACAAGAUGCUGACUCCAAACCCCGAUUUCCCAGACACACUUUUGGCCAGAAGCCAUCCCUGAGUACAGAGGACUCCCAGGAAGAGGAGAGUACCUCUAAGAAUGUGGCUGUCCAGAAAGGAUCCCCAAUGCCACUAGGGGCCAAGGGCAAGGGUGGCCCUUUCAAACCAGCUAGGGAAGACACAGAGGAUAAAGACAAUGGAACUUCAAGUUCACCCUUUGCAGGAGUGAUUCUGAAACCUGCUGCAAGCAGAGGGAGCCCGGGGCUCUCCAGAAACUCUGAAGAAAAAAAAGAAGAGAGGAAAACAGAUGCUACAAAGAACAUUUUUCUGAGUAAAAUGAACCAGGAAGAGCCGGCCAGAUUCCCCAAGGCCCCUUCCAAGCUGACAGUGGGGACACCAUGGGGCCAAAGUCAGGAGAAGGACAAAGGAGACAAGAAUUCAGCAGCCCCCAAGCAGAAGCCUCUGCCUCCGCUGUCUGUCUUGGGCCCACCUCCACCCAAGCCCAGCAGACCACCCAACGUUGACCUGACCAGAUUCCGAAAAGCUGACACAGCCAACAGUACCAGCAAAAGUCAGACACCUUACUCAACAACUUCCCUGCCACCACCUCCAAUGUCCCAUCCAACCAUUCAGCCACCACUGCCAGCGUCUCAUCCAACACAACCGCCAGUCCCAAGCCUACCCCCCAGAAACAUUAAGCCUCCCCUUGACCUGAAAAAUACUAUAAAUGAAGAAAGUCAAGACAGUGUCACGCACUCUGAUGGUCCUGGAAUUCUAGAAGAGGAUCAAGAGAGUGAAGGAGAAACAUAUGAAGACAUAGAAUCAACCAGAGAAAGAGACAAGAAACGGGAAAAGGAGGAAAAGAAGAGGUUAGAGCUGGAACGGAAGGAACAGAAAGAAAAAGAGAAGAAAGAACAAGAAUUAAAGAAGAAAUUUAAGCUAACAGGCCCCAUUCAAGUCAUCCAUCAUGCAAAAGCGUGCUGUGAUGUCAAAGGGGGGAAGAAUGAACUGAGCUUCAAGCAAGGGGAGGACAUUGAAAUAAUCCGCAUCACAGACAAUCCAGAAGGAAAAUGGCUGGGGAGAACUGCCAGGGGGUCAUAUGGUUACAUUAAAACAACUGCUGUUGAGAUUGACUAUGAUUCUCUGAAACGGAAACAGAACACUCUCAAUGCUGUUCCAUCAAGACUUGUUGAAGAUGACCAAGAAGUUUAUGAUGAUGUGGCUGAGCAGGAUGCUCCUAACAGCCACAGUCAGAGCGGAAGUGGAGGCAUGUUCCCUCCACCACCAGACGAUGACAUAUAUGAUGGGAUAGAAGAAGAAGGCGCUGAUGAUGGAUCCAUGCUGCAGGUUGAAGAGAAGACCAACACGUGGUCCUGGGGGAUUUUGAAGAUGUUAAAGGGAAAAGAUGACAGAAAGAAAAGUAUUCGAGAGAAAUCUAAAGUCUCUGAUUCAGACAAUAAUGAAGGUUCAUCUUUCCCUUCUCCUCCUAAAGAACUGGAUGCGGGAGAAGAAGUUUACGAUGAUGUGGAUGCCUCAGACUUCCCUGCUCCACCUGCAGAGAUGAGUCAAGGAAUUAAUGUUGGAAAGGCAAAAACAGAAGAAAAAGAUCCCAAGAAGCUCAAAAAGCAGGAGAAAGAAGAAAAGGAUCUCAGGAAAAAAUUUAAGUAUGAUGGUGAAAUUCGAGUUCUCUAUUCAACGAAAGUUGCUUCCUCCAUAACUUCUAAAAAGUGGGGAGCUAGAGAUCUGCAGAUAAAGCCUGGAGAAUCGCUUGAAGUUAUUCAAAACACAGAUGACACCAAAGUUCUCUGUAGGAAUGAAGAAGGCAAAUAUGGUUAUGUCCUUCGGAGUUACCUGGUGGACAAUGAUGGAGAAAUCUAUGAUGACAUUGCUGAUGGUUGCAUCUACGACAAUGACUAGCACUCAGGCUAAUGACUAGCACUCAAGCUGUCCAUUCUGCUGUUUCUGUUAGUGGACAACAUGAAUUUUAAUUGGGAUGAUCUUGGGUAUCAUAGAAAAAUAUGAAUGUACAAAAUGAAAUUUCAAUCUCUUUAUAAAAUUUUCUAAUUUUAAACUGGGAAAAUGAACUCUGUUUAGUACAUCAAAAGAUUGGCAGUGAGAUACAAGAAUGUAUCCCCUUUUUUUCUUUCAUUCUCUUUUCUUUUGAGCAGGGGGUUCUUACUUUGCAGUUUGGGCCAUCUUCCUGCCUCAGCCUCCCAAUUGCUGUGAAACAGACAUGAGCCGCCACAACUGGUUUAAGGAUCCCAUUUUAUUUCAGUUAUGCUUAUGAAGGCACUUUGUUUUUAGACUACCAUUAGGGAAUCUUCCCUACCAUAUCUCCUUUUAAAGAAAUAAAUAAAAUCAAAGACGUCCUAGAGGAAGAAGGAAGAAGAAUAUAAAGAAUGAAUUUUUAUUUUUAAUUCCACAAGAAGACAACUUACUGCUCGUGCUGUGCCUUGCAUUACCUGUUCAAGUUGCCUACCCAGACAAAGCAGAGCUAGCUCCUCUAGUUUCUGAAAGACAGCACAGCAGUUUAACAUUUGUAUUGAAUUUUCUCUCUCUGUGCACUGUGAAAUCAUAUGUUAAUGAUUCAAUAAGCAUGCUUUAUAUUCUGUAUGCACAUCUAUGAUUAACCUGUUCAAGAGUCUAAAAAAGGUCUUAUUUUGUGGAUCCAUACACACAUGGUUGAACACUGUACUCUGUUUAGAUGUCAUUGUUAACUAGAGAAAUGGAGGGGGACGCAUGGCAAUUGUGAACCCUGGAAAAAAGAACCCUGAAACUUACUCCCAUCUUACAAUAACUCCUUACUGUGAAGUCUUUUUGGAAGGUUUUUGUGUUUUGCUGUCAAUUGCCUCUGCAGAACCUAGUGAUGUUUAUAAUCACUUUACUAGAAAGUUGUUCAGUUGAAGGAACACAAGGCAAUAAAUCCCAGUGGUUGGCCUGGGAUGCUCCCCCAUUGAGACAUACUCCUCUCCACCUCCUACAAACUGCAAAGCGCUGGCUUUUGAAUGCUAAGAACACUAAGCACCAUGAGCCAAAAUACAACACCUUGACAGCCAAAAAGAUAACAGAUUGGAAAAUUUUUUUGAAAUUAGUAAAUGCUUCUGCUGGUCCUAUUAUUGACCAUGAUGCAACCUUGCCAAUAUUCAUUACCCCCCCCCUUAUAGGACAGGAUUCAAUUAAGUUUAUAUCAGCAUUUACCACUACCCACUAUUUAAAGCUUUUAUGGUUCCCCCAUCUCAGAUGCACACUUCAGAAGGUUUUCUUUUCUAUUUUAAAUCAUUGAUUAAAUAAUGAUUAAUUCAUUAUUAUGCAAAUUGCAAAGAUCCAUUGGAGUUUCUGAAGAGUGACUCCCACUGAAUUUUUUAAAAGUCAAAAAUUGGAUGGGAUAGAGAAAUGACCCAGUUGGUAAAAUGCUUACAUGGCAAGCAUAAAGAUUGAAUUCAAUCAACAAACCCCAGAUGACAAGCAUGUGUGGUGACCAGUACUUGCAAUCCCAGUGCCAGGGAGGCAGAGGUAGGAGGAUCCCUGGGGCUCAGAAUAAGUCUCUCUAUCCUAAUUGUUGAGUUCCACACCAAAGGAAGACACUUUUCUGAGGAGAUGGACAGCAACUGAGGAACAAUAGCCAAGGUUGUCCUCUGGACUCCACGUGUAUAUGCCCUCACACACAUAGGAACAUGUGCACGCAGACAGAAAGACCUAUAAGGUAGCUCAAAGCCUUCAAAGGGUUAGAAUUGGGGCUUCUUUUAACUGUUUUGAAAUAUUAAAAAUGUCAGCAGUGUCUAUGGCUCAGUUUAGAGAAUACAGGACUCUGAGUCUCCAGGGUUGGACAUUACCAUCUCAGAUAACCUUUGAUUAGAAGCACUUUGGUGGCAUUACUAUCCUUGAACUUCUUUUGUCACUAGAUACAAACUGCAUGGCUCAAAAGUGGUUGUAUGUUAACUUUGAAAUCAACUAUAGAUUAUAUGUGGACUACAUUCCAGUAAUUUUCCAUGAUUAAGAACAACAUAAAUUCAAUGCAAAUGUUAUACUUUUUAAAAAUCCCAACUUGGAUCAAGAGACUAUUUCAGCUUUGAUUUAUAUUCAAAGAAAUGGACAGAUACCUAUGAGAGAUUUAUGUAAUAAUUAUUUAAUAUAUAUUUGAAGUGUUAAUUUUAAUAUGCUAAAUGUGAUUUUGUUGUAGAUUGUUUGUGGAAUUUUGUCAUGUGGGAAGAACUGCCAAUAAAGUCCCUUAGCAGCAA